AUCUCCCCUGGGCACUGCGAGGCCGCCAAGGGCGCAGCUCCACUGACCGAGCACGGGCAGCUGAGGUGACGGGAGGCUCCGGAACCCCACCCCGCACAGCUCUCCCCGGGCCCGGGGGCAUCUCCGGAACGAGUUUUACCUCACCCCUCCGCAGCUGUGCCCGAACCUGCUGGCCGAGGAGCUGCUGCGAGGGAAAGCAAGCGCCGAGGAGAACAUGGCGGAGCUGCGAGCCAGCCCACGCUCCCUCCGCCCCGCCGCGUCCUGACAGGAACCCGCGCACCGCCCCCCGGCGCGGCAGCGGCUCAGGGCGGGGCUGCCCGGGAAGCUCCAGCGUCGGAGAAGCGGGUUGGGCGGCGGAGCUGUCACUCAGCGCUCUCCGCCCGCGCCGGAGAGUCCAAGCCCGAGCCCGAGCCCGGAAUCUGAAGGCGGCGAGUGUCGUGUGGCGGCUGCUGCGGUCGGUGGGCUCCAGGCUAUAAGGACAUUCUGUAUUACUGAAGGAAGGUGCCCCUGUUUUUGAGUGGCUUACAAUGUCAAGAACUGUAUCAUCCUGGAUCUUAAGCUCAGCAAGGAGCAGCACUGUUUUACAAGGAAAAGGACGUUUGUACUCCAUCUGUACUCCAAAUAGAAACAAGAUAAAAUGGAAGCUUCUUUUCCCCAAAACACAUCUCCACCCUGCUGGGAGCUGCAGCUUAGACAGUACUUUCUCCUUAAAAAAAGCAUUCCGACACACUUCCACUGAAGAAGAACAGUUCUCUUUCCAGCUGUCUCCAUCACAAAUCAAUGAUAUACUAAGAGCAGGUGAAUUAUCCCAUAAAAUACUGGAUUUGAACGGUAAGAGUGCAAAUUCUGUGUUGAGGUUUGAAAGUAACCAGCUGGCAUCCAACACCCCUAUUGAAGACCGCAGAAGUGCAGCCACUUGCUUACAGACUAAAGGGAUGAUGUUUGGAGUCUUUGAUGGCCAUGCAGGUUCUGCCUGUGCUCAGGCAGUCAGUGAGAGACUCCUUCACUACAUUGCUGUUUCUCUCAUGUCUCGGCAGACCUUGGAAGAGAUUGAGCUUGCUGUUGAGUGCAUGAAACCAGUUCUGCCUAUUCUGCAGCCACACAAGCACCCAAAUGACACAGGGUUUCAAGAAAUAACUUCACGCUAUUUUGAAAACCUCCGGGUUUACUGGCAACAUUUACUGGACCUAGACACUGAGCUAGGAUUUAGUUUAGAAGAAGCCAUGAUAUGUGCAUUCAAAAGGUUAGACUCGGACAUAUCACUGGAAGUGCAGGCUCCCCAGGAAAAUGAAUUGAUGAGAAAUAUUGCCCUUCAAGUAGCUUUUUCUGGUGCAACAGCCUGUGUAGCUCAUGUUGAUGGUGUUCAUUUACAUGUUGCAAAUACAGGUGAUUGCAGAGCUGUUUUAGGGGUUCAUGAAGAAGAUGGAACAUGGUCUACUCUCCCUUUAACCCGAGACCACAAUGCCUGUGAUGAAUUUGAAAUUAGAAGACUGAAGAGAGAACAUCCUAGAUCUGAGGAGAAAACCCUAUUUGUGAAUGACAGAUUACUGGGGAUUCUCAUGCCCUCCAGAGCUUUUGGAGAUGUGCAAUUAAAAUGGAGUAAAGAAUUGCAGCACAGCAUUCUCGAUAGUAGCUGUGAUGUUGAGGCUCUGAAUAUUUUUCAGUAUGUUCCCCCAAACUACCAUACACCCCCUUAUUUAACUGCAGAGCCUGAAGUCACAUACCACAAAUUAAGAAGCAAGGAUAAGUUUCUAGUUAUUGCUUCAGACGGACUGUGGGAGCUGCUAAGUAAUGAGAAAGUUGUAAAACUUGUUGCUGGACAUCUUGCAGAGCUUAAUGUGCAGAAACCACAACUGGCUUUUGAGAAACCAGUUAAUUUGGGUUAUAUGCACAGCUUGUUACUUCAGAGGAAAAACAGAGGCAUUGCCUCACUUGACCAGAACAUAGCUACUCAUUUAAUAAGGCAUGCAAUUGGAAGUAAUGAGUAUGGGGAGGUGGACCAAGAGAAACUUGCUGCAAUGCUGACGUUACCUGAAGACCUUGCAAGAAUGUACAGAGAUGAUAUCACUGUUACUGUGGUUUAUUUUAAUUCAGAAUCAAUUGAAAAUUACUACAGAAACAAUGAGUAGAGACUUGCACUGCUGCUAUUCUGUACCACUAGCUAACUUUGAUACUGAAACCAUUAUUUUUUUUUCUAAUAGUUAAUCUGUUAUCAGUGUUAUGGUCUGGAAGUUCCUAAAUCUUUUUGUUACUUACUAGUCUUGAAAAUAACUUUCUAGAAGUGAGUUUGGUGAAAGUUCCAUGAGUUUCCAGGUCUGUACACACUGAAGAAAAAUGAAGAAAUUUCACUGAAAUGUAACUGGUCUGAAGAUUGCUGACCCAGUUUCCAUGAGAAACAGUGGUAAAACUUUGCAUAUGAACAAAUGAGACAAAUUUCACUGAUGCUGGUACAAUAGAAUAGAGAGGUGAAUACCUGUAGCUUUUUUACACAGAGUGUAAAAAAGGCUUCACCCUUGUGAAAAAUGAUUAGCAUCCUAUUGAAGCACUGUAAUUGAAUAAAUUAAAUAAAAAACCCUACCAAACCUUUA